AUGUCUGACAAUAAGCAGGGCGGAAAGUGGUCCAACCCGGCCUUUCUCCUUAGCCUGGCUGUUGGCUUCUACGACGAGCUGAAGAACGGCAGUCUCCCGCAGGAGGCAAAGGACCGUGUCGAGGCGAAGCUCCAUCGCGAUGGCUUUGAGGACACCACUUGGGAUUCUGUCCGGUAUUCAACCUGGAGCCCGUCUGUCACAUUCGCUGCCUGA